UGGCAGACUUUCCUGUACAUUGUGUGUGUUUUGAGUUUGACCACCGAGAGACAGCGGACAGGCUGAUUUACGCAAAAGCGAAAGGGGAGAUGAGUUGGGAUACGGAAUAACAAAGCAGCUGAGAUAUUUCUCGAGGCAUUUUCACGUGGAGGAUUUGCUAUAAGCUCGUGUGUUCGUGGUAAAGCCAUGGAACCGUCACUGACUGGCAGCGCAGCCGCCCCAAAACCCGGCCCCUCAUCUCCUACCACGCUGAGGGCAGGCCUUUCCUCUUCCAGCUCAUCUUCUACCACAACAACACCAACCUCAGACCGCGCAAAACCUAAACUCACCAUGCCGACACCUCCAAACACACCCUCAUCUUCCCCCUCCACUGCCUCCCCUCGGACUCUUAUCUCCCGUUCUUCCUCCCUGUCCACGCCGCCAGCCUCCCCUCUCCGCCAACCCAUCAGGAGCCCCUCUCUGGGGGGUAGAUCUCAGCUUAAUGCAGCGUCUACGGGGAUUUCCCUGUCUGGAUCCACAGGAGCUGCUCCCAUUUCUCCACAGCCUCUUGUCACACCUGAACCAGAAGAGCCAGAGGAGGAGGUCAGUCUUGAGGAUUUGGAGGAGAGAGCAAAGUCAGGAGAUGCUAAAGCACAGACCAAGAUGGGGCGGUACUUCCUGGCGCUGGCAGAAGAAAGAGACGAGGAGCUGAACAAUUGUACAGCGGUCACUUGGCUGCUCCAGGCUGCUAAACAAGGCCGCAAGGACGCCGUCAAAACGCUGCAGCAGUGCUUAGCGUCCAGGAAAGGCAUCACUCUGGAGAACUUUGAGGAGGUGAAGAAGCUGUGCACAGAGACACGUUUUGAGAGAGGGGUCAGGAAAGCAGCUCUGAUGAUGUACUGGAAGUUGAAUCCAGAGAGGAAGAAGUCGGUGGCUGUUUCUGAGAUGCUGGAGAACGUUGAACACGUCCACACAGAGCCAGGUAAACCAGUGGCGCGGGGCCCGCUAAACAGCUCUGCCAAGAAACAGAGGAGAGUCCUGGAGAAUAUGGUCACCAAUGAGGCCACAUGCCAAGUGGGUCUUGACGACUUUGUUGAGAUGACUAAGAAGUACGCUCAGGGUGUUGCACCUUCACCGGUCAUGGCUGCAGCAGCAGGUGAUGACGAUGACGAUGAUGAUGACGUAGUGGUGAAGAGUCCAGAUGAAUUGCCUUUACAUCAAAAGAUGCUGAAGUUCCCUCUGUAUGCUCUGCUGGAGAUCAAGGAGCACCUCAUCGACUGGGCGUCGCGCGCCGGCAUGCAGUGGCUCAGCGCCCUGAUCCCCACGCACCACGUCAACGCACUCAUCUUCUUCUUCAUCAUCUCCAACCUCACGAUCGAGUUCUUCAUCUUCGUCAUCCCUCUGCUGGUUUUCUACCUCUCGUUCUUCUCCAUGGUCAUCUGCACGCUGCGGGUGUUUCAGAAUUCAAAAGCAUGGGAAAACUUUCGGGCCCUGACAGACCUGCUGGCUCACUUUGAACCCGGUCUUGAUCUGGAGCAGGCGGAGACCAACUUUGGAUGGACACAUUUGGAGCCUUAUCUGUACUUCCUGCUCUCGGUGAUCUUCGUGGUUUUCUCUUUCCCUGUCGCUGAUAAAUCCUGGAUCCCCUGCUCGGAGCUGGCUGCUGUCGCUCUCUUCUUCACCGUCACCGCCUUCCUCAGCCUUCACGCCUCCGCUCAGCUCUUCGCACGUAAAGCCCUCCUCACAGAGGUCCUCUCCGGAGCGUGCUCCCUCACUCACCUCCUGCCAGACUCCCUCCCCUGGUUCCUCAGGGCCUUUGGGAUGACGAUCGUCUCGGUGCCUCUCGGGGACAUAGUUGUGUUUAACCUGGGGGUGCCGUGUCUUCUGUACGGACACCUUUUCUAUUUGCUCUUCCGUAUGGCCCAGCUGAAAGGCUUCAAGGGCACCUACCUGUGCCUGGUGCCGUACCUGGUGUGCUUCACCUGGUGUGAGCUCUGCUUGGUGUUCCUUAAUAACGCCUCCGCAAUAGGACUCAUCCGCACCUGCGUUGGCUACUUCCUCUUCCUGUUCGCCCUCCCCAUACUCUCGCUCGGCAUGGCUGCGAUGCUCAUCAUCCAGUUGUUGCAGUGGUUUCUCGCCCUGGAGGUGACCAAGAUGAUCGUCACGCUGACGAUUUGCUUCGUGCCGGUAGUGUUGAGGCUUUGGACUCGCUUCAGCCUCAACCCCAUCGUGGUUUUGCGGUCUUUGUCGCGGAGCAGCAUGGUGAAGCUCAUCCUGGUGUGGCUCAGCGCGGUGGUGCUCUUCUGCUGGAUGUACGUCUACAGGUCCGAAGGCAUGAAGGUUUACAACUCCACCCUGACGUGGCCCGAGUACAGCAGCCUCUGCGGCCCUCUGGCCUGGAAAGAAGCCAACAUGGCUCAAACUCAGAUCCUCUGCUCUCAUCUCGAAGGACAUCGUGUCACCUGGACCGGACGCUUCAAAUACGUCCGUGUGACCGACAUUGAGAACGGACCGCAGUCGGUUAUCAACCUGCUGCCUGUGACCGUGGGGAACUGGAUGCGGUGCCUGUACGGUGAGCCGUAUCCUCCGUGUGAGGAGGCGCAAAACGUCACAGCCGAGCCGCAGCCCCUGCCCGCUCCGGCUCCUCCUCCCGUAGAUCCUCUCUGUAAACUUAAAAAAAUGGCCAAACACGAAUGUCACAUCAAACGGUUUGAUCGAUACAAAUUUGAAGUCACAAUGGGCAUGCCGCUGGAGAGGAAGACCAAGAACGGGACGAUCGUAGAGGAUGAAGACGCGACUAAGGACAUAGUCCUGCGAGCCAGCAACGAGUUCAAGUCUGUGCUUUUAUACUUGCAGACAGGAAGCCUGGUGGAGUUCAGCACCAUCCUGGAGGGCCGUUUAGGCUCCAAAUGGCCUGUGUUUGAGCUGAAGGCCAUUCACUGCUUGUCAUGCGGUGAUGCGCGCCUGCCCAGCCGCAGGCAGUACAAGAUUGAACACGACUGGAGGCGCACGGCUCGGAGCGCCCUGCAGUUUGGUUUUGACUUCUUCUUCAACCCCUUCCUGACCGCUCAGUUAGAGCAACACUCAGAGACCGAAACUGAGACUGUGACACCGGAGGGAGGAUAGAGAUCUGCCAAACACACGUCUGGGAGAAAUAAGAUGUAUGAUAAUGAUAAUACUAGCGGAGCAACAUUAAUGAUUGUACAACACUGUAGAGAGAGGGUGGACACAAAGUCAGACGUUUGUGGUUUCAGCCCUAAUGUAAAUCUGAACUUGAGCGCGUGUGUGUGUUUGCAUUUUUUUUUUUUUUUUAAUUUUUGAGCCAAAAUAUUAAACAUACAGAGGGGAAAAACACAAACUAAUGAGGUUUUUACCGCCUAACACUAAAGUAAUCACAAUAUAAACCUCCUCAGCUGUGGUCAGUUGUGCAUUUCAUCCAAUUUAAGCUGCUCUUGUGCUCAACAGUCGUGUCAGUUACUCACCCUGUUAUGUUGAAU